AUGGAGCCGGCCCGGUACCAGUCCGCAGAGAAGGACUCGGUGUCCUCCCCGUCGCCCUUUGGGGAUGUGACGUGGAACAGUACGGUCACGGGUGGGACGGACGUGGCGCUGCGCUCCGUAACGGGUUGUCUGCUGUCGCUGCUCAUCCUGUGGACUUUGCUGGGGAACAUCCUGGUUUGCUCCGCGGUGCUGCGCUUCCGCCACCUGCGCUCCAAAGUCACCAACAUCUUCAUUGUGUCGCUGGCGCUGUCGGACCUUUUCGUGGCCGUGCUGGUGAUGCCGUGGAAGGCCGUAGCGGAGGUCGCGGGGUACUGGCCUUUCGGCGCGUUCUGUGACGUGUGGGUCGCGUUCGACAUCAUGUGCUCCACCGCGUCAAUCCUGAACUUGUGCAUCAUCAGCGUGGACCGCUACUGGGCCAUUUCUGCGCCGUUCCGCUACGAGCGCAAGAUGACGCAGCGCGUGGCGUUUGUCAUGAUCAGCGUCACGUGGACACUGUCCUUGCUCAUCUCGUUCAUCCCGGUACAACUGAACUGGCACAAAGCGGCGGCUGACACAAGAGAAACACACAACCUGUCGCGCGUCCGCGCAUCGGACCAGAACUGUGACUCGAGUCUGAGCCGCGAGUACGCCAUCUCCUCUUCCCUCGUGAGCUUCUACAUCCCCGUGGCCAUCAUGAUCGUGACGUACACGCGCAUUUACCGCAUUGCGCAGAUGCAGAUCCGGAGAAUCGCGUCGCUGGAGCGUGCGGUUGAGCACGCGCAAAGUUGUCGGACCAGUAGGAUCGAGUGCCAACAUCACAACACGCUGAAGACGUCCAUCAAACGCGAGACCAAAGUGCUGAAGACGCUGUCCGUGAUCAUGGGCGUGUUCGUGUGCUGCUGGCUACCAUUCUUCGUGCUCAACUGUAUGGUCCCGUUCUGCGAAAAGCCCGCUACGCAACGCAACGCAGGGCUGCCAUGCGUCAGCGAUACCACAUUUGACGUCUUCGUGUGGUUCGGAUGGACCAACUCCUCCCUGAAUCCGGUGAUUUACGCCUUUAACGCUGAGUUUCGGAAGGCGUUUGCGAGUCUGCUGGGCUGCCGCUACCUGUGUGCCACUCCCGUGGAGACGGUCAACAUCAGCAAUGAGCUUGUGUCCUACAACCAGGACACGCUCAUCCACAAGGAGAUCGCAAGCGCUUACGUCAGCAUCAUCCCGAACGUGGUAGAGUGUUUGGAGCAAGAGGAUGGCUUUGACAGCAUCUCACAGUUUACGCACACCGGAAAUGCCACGGACUCUGUGUGUGACCCGGAGGACUGCGAGGCGGACAUCAGCCCGGAGCGGCUGUCCCCGUUCGCCUCAAACGGACUGCGCUGUGGACAGUCUGUGCCGUGAUCGUCUCGUGUCCUGUCCCUACAUUGUUUGUGUCACAUGUUUACUUGAAGCGUCACCUGCGUCCAGGUGAACUCCUCCUGCUGCGUACUGACAUCACACACGUACUGCCUGCAGAGCCUUGUGUCCAUAUGCAGUAACUUAGCCUUACGUCCUCAGAGCGUCACACAGCAGGACAAUGCCAAAUGCAGUAUUUAUGUUUACCCCUAUGUCUGCUUCGUCUCAACUCACGGAUGUUGGACACCAAAGAAACCGUUACAGACACGCUGUUCGUUGCAAUCUCUCUUCUCUGACAGCUUCUAUCUUUUUCCUCUCUCUUUCUCUCCUGCCUCUCUAUCCCUCCCUUCCACUCUCCCUCUCUACCUGUCCCUAUACUGAUUUGAAUGUAUUGUUCUUUUUUCAUGCUGUACUUUGUUAAAUAAACCUACUGCAGGUCUUGUUCACCUGCAGUUUGA